CUCAAUAUAUCCUGCGUAACGUCACACUUCAACGUCAUGCAACGUCACGUUUACCUAUGCAGCCAUAAUAUAUAUAAAAUACCAUUUAAGCAUACGUACACAAGUAAUAGUAUUCUUCAAGUUGUAUUGUACUAGUAGACUAGACAGCUAUGGACUCUUUAGAAUUUCAACUUAGGAGCAAACAACUUGCCGAAUGUAUCGUUAGCUAUAGACAAAACGUUCACACUUUACGCGUUAAAGCAGAUGUGGAACCGGGAUAUCUUACCACUUAUCUACCAGAAUCGGCACCUAAAGAUGGAGAAGAUUGGGCAAAAAUUAUGGCGGAUGUACAAAAUUACAUCAUGCCCGGUAUUACCCAUUGGCAGCAUCCUCAAUUCCACGCUUAUUUUCCUUGUGGUAACAGCUAUCCUUCAAUACUGGGAGAUAUGUUAGCAUCAGCCUUUGGAGCUGUUGGAUUUAGUUGGGUUGCCUGCCCCGCUUUUACUGAAUUGGAAGUUGUAAUGAUGAAUUGGAUUGGUAAAAUGCUAGGAUUACAGGAUGAAUUUUUAUUUUCUUCUGAUAGCUUAGGCGGUGGUGUCAUACAGGGUUCGGCCAGUGAAUGUGUUUUAGUUUGUCUUCUAGCGGCACGUCAUAAGAAACUGAAGGAGUUAAAACAACAAAAUCCAAAAGUAGAUGAAACGAUUUUGUUAUCGAAAUUAGUAGCUUACACUUCGCAAGAAGCUCACUCGUGCGUAGAAAAAGCCGCCAUGAUCGGUUUCGUAAAGAUACGACGCCUAGAAACAGAUGAAAAUUACAGAUUAAGGGGUGGCAUCUUAGCUGAAGCCAUCAAGGAGGAUCAAGAACAAGGAUUAACACCAUUUUUCGUAUCAGCUACAUUGGGUACUACUUCUUGCUGUUCGUUCGAUGACUUAACCGAAUUAGGACCUUUGUGCGAAGAACACGAUAUCUGGUUGCAUGUAGAUGCAGCUUAUGCAGGAAAUGCCUUGAUAUGUCCGGAAUUUCGUUAUCUUUCUCAAGGCUUAGAAUAUGCCAGUUCUUUUAAUGUAAACUUACACAAAUGGCUAUUGGUAAAUUUGGAUUGUUCUCUUAUGUGGGUCAAAAAUAAAACGCACUUAAUGGAGCCGCUGACAGUUGAUCCUAUUUAUCUUCAACACAACCAAUCCAACGUAUCAGUAGAUUACAGGAACUGGAGUAUACCGUUAAGUAGACGAUUCCGCUCCUUAAAAAUAUGGUUUGUUAUCAGGAAGUUCGGUAUCGAAAAACUUCAAGAUCAUAUCAGAAAUCAUGUGAAAUUAGCUAAAACUAUGGAAAAUUGGAUAAGAGAAGAUGAACGAUUCGAAGUCAUGAACGAAGUACAAACUGGUUUAAUUUGCUUCAGAUUAAAGGGUCCGAAUCAUCUGACCGAAACUUUAUUGUACUUUUUAAAUAAUUCCGGCAACUUUUUCGCCGUUCCCGCAGUCCUGAAAGGAAAAUACGUUAUCAGAUUAUGUAUCAAUGGACCUAGCAUGGAAGAAGAAGAUAUACUUCGCAGCUGGACUUUGGUCACUCAGACAGCAACAGCUCUUCUCAACGUCGGAGAAGUGGCCCAUCAGCAAAAUCAGGUCAAUUUAAAAAUCGAGAAAGAGAACAAAUAUAAGAAAAAUAUUCUCGAACGAUCAUUUUCCGAAUCGGGAAUAAUAAUAACAACUCACCCAGUUAGCCGCAAGAAGAGAAUUUUAUCCGAGAUUUUAAACGUGGAGAGAGGAGAAUUGGUGCCAUUAAGAUGCUAAGGCCGAUCUUUCUUGAAGAUUGAAAAAAAAAGAAAAGUUGAAUAUAUUAAAUAUCAGGGAUGUUUAUAAGAGCAAACUAUACAAGAAUAAAAAUAAAUAAGCGGAAUUUACGCUAUUUGUAAAUUAUUGUAUUUAUUAAUAUAGGAAUUAUAUUUAUUUAAUUUAAAG